CAGUAAACUAUCUGAUGAACAUCCGUUCUGCUUCUGAUUACUCUCAAUCAUCACCAGAUUAAUCGGUGAGACGCUUCGGCGGUAUGUUCAGCAGCAGUGGUCGAUUUCCGUUCGCUACCGAAUAAAACAAAAGUGAGAUCAUGGUGAAGUCGUUAUUAUUCGGAGACUUUUGCUACAAACUAUUUCUUGUCUAUGACUAUUAAUUAUUAUUCUGAGUUCAAUACAUAACUUUGUACAAAAGUAUUAUUGUAAACAAACAAAUCGCAUUUUCUGAAAACUCAAACGUUUCACGAUCUCUGGGCAUCUGCAUCCAUUAGAUUUUUACAAUGUCUAAAGGUCAGCUGACACAUCAGAUUUCACCAGGAGAUCACAGCACCCAGGAGAUGGACCGCAGCGCGAAGUUGUCGUCGGACAGCGGGCCCGUGCGGCACAUCCGCCUGCGCGCCAGCGACUACCAGGGGGGCAGGAAGAGCGACAGCGUUAUAGACUUCAACUAUAAACCUGCACCAUUUACGCUCCGCUGGAUCAACGGGUACAACCCUCGCGUGAACGUCAUCAACCUCAACCACGAGGGCAGCACUAUCCUGUUCUACGCAGCUGCCAACUGCGGAGUGCUUUACAACUGGACCGCACGGCAGAUGAAGAUACUGCAAGGACAUAAACACAUGGUGACAUUCAUAGCAGCAGACGCUGCAGCCAGGUGGCUGGUCACCGCCGACUCGGGGCCAGAGAACAUCAUCACCAUCUGGGAAACACGCUCUAUAAUCCCCUACAAAACCAUAUUCUCUCCCCACGGCUACUCCAAACUGGCCAAGCUGGCGUUCAGCGCUGAUGCCAAGUUCUUGCUCACGAUGGCGUACUCAGAGAAGGCUGUGCUGCACUGGUGGAUCUGGACUGAGGGGCCUAACCAACCUCAUGCUAUCAAAGAAGUGACAGUGCAACACAACUCCGUGAUCAAUAUAAAGUUUAAUCCAGCAGAUUCGACUCAGUUCAUACUGGUGACCAAACACGAACUCUUUAUUGGUGUUUCGGGGAAACGGAUAUCUAACGAAAGAGGUGAACCAAGAGAGACAGAUGAAUAUGAAUUGAAAGUAAAACUGGUUGAGAAUACUGCGGGACCAGAAUUUGGAAGAGUAUCAUGCUUCACAUUCGUAGCUAACACGUGUCAGAUACUGACGGCCACGACAAAGGGAGCCAUACUGGUUUAUGGUUACACUUUAGAAUACUCUGACAAAGCCGUACCGAUGAGCUACGACAAACUUAAGUUUGUGAAGGUGGUUAAAGUGGAGAAGUACCAUAUAAAUGUCAUUUGCAGUGUUGACAAUAUGAUAGUGACGGGCAACGAGGGCGGCGAGGUACGGUUCUACGACGAACACCUGCUGCUGCUGUACUGGCUGCGCGGCUGCCGGCCCGACGCCGCGCGCUGGCUCAGCUUUAACCUCGAUGAGAGGAGCUACGAGCUGGUGUCUACUGACUCAUCUGACACUCGGCGCUGCCCAUGCUGGGAGAGCGUGGUGCGUGAGACGGACCCGGCGACUGGCGCGGCGACGCAGCGACUGGUGAGCAAGCGGCUGCCCACUGACGCCACCACCGCCGCCAGACCCUUCCUCGUCAGGGACUUUGUGAUGUGCACCAAAAAUCAAGGGAUUGGCUUUGUGGAUUUUGUAACGGAGCGAAUGACCACCAUCCUGGACUGCCGGCCAGCUCACGCCGUGUCGCUGUCGGUGCAUCCUGAGAAACCCCUGGUGUGCACUGGCUAUGCCGAUGGAACCAUCGAACUGUUCAACUUCGAAGAGCGCACUUUGUUCGCGCGGUUAAACCUGCGAGAACUCUUCACCGUCACUAUACAUCCCAAAAAGGAUUCUAUCAAAGUGGACAUAGAGGUCAUUGUGCCAACUAUACAUGCCAGUUGCCUCCAGUACUCGCCUUCGGGGUUACACCUUGCGUGUGGUCUGAGCAACGGGGAGCUAGUAUUUCUGGACCCAACGACAAUAACCAUGAUGACUGAGAAACCGUUCAAGGACACCAGUUACUCUAUCAAACAGAUAGCGUACAGUCCUGAUUCACUGACUUUGGCUAUGGCGGACGCAGGAAAAACCGUAUCAGUCUACCAAUACGACUGUGAGACAUUUGCCUGGUCAUUCAUCGGCAAGCACCGAGGCCACUACAAAGACAUCGCCAGAGUGUUAUUUUUACCACAAAUGAACCCGAAUGGUACCUACAAACUGCUGUCUAUUGGUCACGAUCGCAUCAUGGUGGAGUAUGACGUAGGGGAAAGCCGUGAAGGGGUGCUAGAGAUAUACAGCUUGGAUCGGUUUGAGCAGACGGCUGUCCCGCUCGACGCUAUUGUUUGGCCGAAUGUGAAUAAGAAGGACGGGCCGGAUAUGCCUACGGUGCUUUUGGCUAAUGAUGAGUACAAAUACAAGAUAGUGAAUCAUGCCACGACAAUGACGCUGGCCACAUACCUCGGGCCCCGGUACGACGCGCCAGUCUGCAAGCUGCGCCUGACUAGCCGCACCAUAGACAAUGUAGAAAACUGCUACCUCAUUUUUGCUACCAAAAAGGCUAUAGGUUUACAGAAGUUGCCGCUAGAUGGCAACCCGUGGAAGCAUUGCGGGAUUUUAGCUCAUCCUAACCAGAUAACCGAAAUGUGCUUCCGUGAUGACCUAGAAACGCUAUUCAUGAUUGGGGAAAAGGAUCCUUGUUUGUUGAUGUGGCGCGCUAAGUAUAGUUCCCCGGAGCGAACCACAGAGAUGGGGGGCGCGGCGCUGGAGCCCUACUACUGCCUGGUGGAGGGCGGCCGCCCCGGCUGGCUGUUCCAGGAGAUACGGGACUUGUUCUACUAUAUACAGAUCCUGUGCCAAGGCACGUUCUCCCCGGCCCCGCGCGCGGUGCGCGACCGCAUCCCCGUGGACUCCCUGCCCGACCUCAUGCGGGCUCUCGGCUACUACCCUUCAGAGUUUGAGGUGGAUAACCUACUAACCGAAGCGCGGUACAACGUCACCCGACAAAGCCCCGCCACAGAGGUGGACUUCGAGGAGUUUGUGAAGCUGUACUUGAACCACCGUCCGGCGCUCGGGGACCACUUCCAGAAGCUUCGCACCGCGUUCAAGUACUUCGCGAGCUGUCGCGACGGCCAGUACGUGCUUAGUCGCGAGGCGCUCGUGGAUGCCCUGUGUAGUUAUGGCGAGUGUUUCUCCGCUGAGCUGGCGGGGUACCUGUUGUCCGUGGUGCUCGGUGCCAGCCCCGACGACCAGGCCGACCCCGAGGCACCAGACUUCUCAUUUCUACCUGAGGAGCUGACAUUCAGUGAGUUUGUCUACGACUUGCUGGGGGUGCAGGGAGUGGAUAUACCCGAGGUGCAGUCCGUGGGAGCAGACUCAGUGGUCUCACAGACCACCUCCCACAAUGCCUCCCACAGCACUGCAGAAUCUAUAUGGCUACAGAAUGAAGAAUAGAGAUUAUGUACUUUUGUACCAUUUAUUUAUAAUACAUUUAAUUAUAAUUAUAA